AUGGUCGCUGGGAAGGCCCUGGCCUGGGUGACAUUCGCCUUGCUGAUCUUGGCGGAGGUGGGCGCGUCGGAGAAGAAGUGCUACAAGAAGGAAGGUCCUGAGGGUCUCACUAUCAAGUUUAAGGUGACCAAGGACGACUGCCCUACGCAGUUUCUGUUCAUUGUCAACAUACUGGAUCCCAUGGUCCAAACCCACGACUGCACAGGCGUCCUGAUAGACCCCAGGACGGUGCUGGUGCCGGCCUCUUGCGUAACCAAAACUGCGAAAGUCCUCAGAGACCAAUUCCCCUUGGUGCGGGUGGGGUCCUACAAUCUGAACAAGCCCGACGGGCUGGAAAACCAGGAGACCAUUCCCGUCUGCAAGAAGAUCAUCCACUCCGGCUUCAACGGCAACCCCGCCAAUGGCAGCGACAUCGCCCUCCUGGAGCUCAAGACCCCUAUCAGCACCCAAGAGCCCAUCGAAAUCUCUGCCACGCAGGCUGCUGACUGCGUGGGCCAGCGCCUCACGGCGGUGGGCUGGUUCUCCCCGCGGCUCAACGGACCGCCAUCUGCCGAAGUCGAAGUUCUGCCCAGGCUGACCAUAGUGCAGAGGAACAGAUGCCGGAGCCUGCUGGACGGCCUGCCAGAGGGGGCGGUGUGCGCACUGUCAGAUCCGGCGGCGAACGUCGUCUGGGAUCAUGGUUCUCCUCUGCUGUGCGACGACAACGUCCUGGUCGGCCUGGCGUCAUACACAAAGAACACCGCAGGCCACUAUCCCUGCAUAUACACUCACGUCGUCGACUACAGGGAUUGGAUCGAUUCGCGUGGAGAAGGCGCAAGCAGAGUCGAGUAUAACCCGCAGGAAGAUUGCACAGGCCGCACAGAGCUGUGA